AUGGAGUCACCAAUUGUUGCUAGCACGUCAUCGCUCGAGCCGACAAUAUCGGAUAGACUUACUGCGAGCUGUCCUCCCGAACCGUGUGCCAUAUCAGAUGAUGGACGAUUUGCCGCAAUAGUUAAUGAAGCCAAGUGUUACGUGAAUUCAGGACCUCUAGAAGAUGUGCCAUUCAAGAAGGAGAGGCCUGAGAGACCAGGAGAGACACAGUCAACUUCCGAAAGUCGAACUAUUAGCAGAGCGUGCAGUACGCUAUUAGAGGAAACUAUAGAGGAAGAAGCAGAGACCCCAAUCGAAACCGAUCGUUUUGGAUUUUUCGUACGACCGGACGAACUUGAUCCAACAAGAGCAGAAUCCUCAAUUAAUUUGGACAAGCUGCGAAAGCGAGAAAAGAAGUGGAUACACAUGUUGGACAACUGGAGGUACUUUAUGGACGAAAAGUUUCCAACAGUGCGGGAACGCUGCAGAAAAGGAAUUCCACCUUCUAUCAGGGGAAAAGCAUGGAAAUAUCUUUGCGGUGCAACAUAUCAAAUGGAGGUCUCCACAAAUCGAACAGUUUUUGAGAAGAAGCAGAACGUAGAACCUGUACUGUACAUGGUGGAGUGGUUCAUGUGUAUUUUCUGUCGCACUCUUCCAUGGCCAACGGUCCUCCGAGUGUGGGAUAUGUUCUUGUGCGAAGGUGCAAAAGUCUUAUUCAAAGUAGCCAUUGUACUAUUCAAGUAUGGGUUGGGUAGUAAAGAGCAGUGCAAACAAUAUCCUGACUUGCAUUCAAUAGUGACUCGCCUCAGGAACCUUCCACAAAAAAUUACCUCAGAAGAUUUUUUAGUGGCAAAGGUGUGCGAACUUAAUUUGAACGACGCCGAUCUCGAAAAAAUACAUUUCAGAGCCCUUAAGCUACGGCAGAUCAAAAUUGCCCAAAAGUAG